UGGAUCCUGCAUGUUUAACUCUUGAUCGCUACAUAUCUGAUGACUGUUUAACAGAAUUGCUACCCCAACUAGCUGUUAUCUUGCACUCUGAGGGUAUUAUUGAAAAAAUUAAGCUGUCCCCAAAUGAUCAACUGCACUCAAUUAAAGUGGCACUGUGGAAAGGUGUUGCUUCUGAUCAGCGUAAUCUUGAAAAGUUUGCUAGUGUUUUAAGGGAAAAUGAUGCUGCAGAUAUUGCAAGCCAAAGGCAACUAAUUCUACAACCAAACCCCAGCCCUUUGAUAUUUGAAGAUGAAAUAUAUGGAGAUAUUGUUAUUGAUCAUCCCUUGAUUGUGAAAAUUAUCAAAACACGUCAAUUUCAGAGAUUAAAAGAUAUCAAGCAAUUAGGAUUUACUUACCAAAAUAUACCAAAAGCAAAUUAUUCAAGACUUCAACACAGUAUUGGCAUGUACUAUCUUGCUGGAGAAUAUCUUAAAGAACUUUGUAAGAAUCAACCUGAACUGAAGGCACAUAUAUCUGAGUCUGAUGUUUUGUGCGUACAAAUUGCUGCUCUUUGUUAUAAUCUGGGUUUUGGUCCUUUCUCUCAUACUUUUAAUAUGUUUCUGAAGGAAGUAAAAAAAGGAGAUAAAGCCGAAAAUCCUUGGGAUAAUGUUUCUGUUAAAAUGUUUGAAUACAUGUUAGAAGACACUAAAGAUUUAAUGGCAUCCUUUGAAGAAUAUUUUAAAAAUCCUGAAGAAAAUAUUGCAUUUAUCAAAGAACUUAUGAGAGGAAAUAAUGAGCGAAAAAAGUACAAAGGCAAAGAAUUUCUAUAUGAGAUUAUAUUAAAUGAAAGUGGUUUGAAUGUCAAUGUAAUUGAUUACACAACACGUGAUGCUGCUGUUUUGGGAACGAAAGUCACUUUCAAAUGGAGAGUAUUUCUUACCAAAAUUCGUGUUUUGAAGUGUACUGAUGGUAAACUACAUAUCUGCUUUCAUGAAGAC